UAAUUCCAUCAUUCUAUUACAUCUCUUCUGUGAGGGGAAAACAUUUCGUUAAUCUCCGCAUCAAUAUUAACAUCCAAUUCAUUACAUUCAACUUAAUAUUCCAAAUAAGUUUAUCUCAAACCAAUUAACCUCAUUCGACUUAUCCUCACAUGAACCAACAUACAAACCUUUAUUAUGUCUCUACAACUUCAGACAGACGACUACAACUUCACCACCCGAUCAUGAUCCUACCGGCCCCUCCAUGGAGUUGUUGCUAGGUUCUCCAAUUUGCAUAUUCUUCUAAAUUUCUCAAAAAAGUGUAAUUAAGUUGAAGCCUCGAUCCACUAAGAAUACACAAAAAAGUCGUGAAAAAACUAUAUACAGUAAACUCAUCUUUUUUUCUGAACCCGAGCUGCAGUUUUCUAGGCACGAGAUCCUAGUAAUUAAGAUGAAUCCGCUACAAGUUGUCGUUCAAAUAGAAAAUAGAGGGAAAAUUCCUGUUUUCCUGAAGGAGAGUCUCCUUCAUGCACUGCCAGGACGAUUCGGCCUUGUGAUCCGAAUUGCCCCGUUAAGCACAAAGGUUAUCGUGGCGCAUACCUUCUUUGCCCGCAAUAAGUCCUUCGGGCGGCCCUCUACCGUAGAGGUCCACUUAAAUGGGAAAUUGAUUCAGCUGUUGACACCACAGACCUUCGUACAUUACCCGAAGAUCAUCAUUGAUGGUGUUUCUGAUAAUGGAGAGGGAUCAAUCAUCCGUGUGACUCGUCCUCAACGACAGCUAGAAAUCUCUCGUCUGAGUUUUGAAAUGGUAAAGGGUCAAAUACCAGGGCCGGCUCUACAGCUAAAACAAAAGGCAGUUUGUCUUAAGCCCCCAAAAUUUAACGCCUCCAUUCCGAUGUGAUUUGUUGCAGAAAUCAUUUAUAUAUACACCAUUUGUUAUAUUUUUG